UCUCCACCCAGAACAACCUGAGUGAGAGUGACUACGCCUUGUACAGGUGGACGUUUUCCAACUUGUAUGAGUCAUAUGGGUGUACAUGUGUACAUAGUUUAACCCUAUUUUAUAACCAUUCCUUUUGAUUUACUCCCAUCAAUCUAGAAUUAGGGAGAGGUUUGUUUUUGUUAUGUCACCCUGCCUCCAGUGCAGAACAGGCAGUGAUGCUGAAGCUUUAUGAGGUAUUCGUUUGGCCUGGUUAAACCAGUUGGUCCACUCUUCAAGUGUAUUACUUGCCGCAGUGAGAAUACCAUCAACAGUGAGAAGAGAACAGAGGUAAACACGGUCUCAUCCAGUGAAAACUUGUCUUCAGCAUGGCACAUUAUCACUGCUGACACUGAACAAGGAUUUAAAAGCUCACUGGAUACAAGAUGAUCAUGGGUGCAUCUGGUACCUCUACGAUUUCGCAUUUUUAAUACAGAGGGUGUGGUUAACAAGGUUUGAGAUUUGGAGGCUUUUCUUCACUGUAAAUAUAUACUAGUGAAAUGGCUCUUCGAAGAAGCCUCUCUGACAGCCUGCUACUUGAAGAUGACAAUGUGUCUGUAGAGGGUUUGGAAUACACAGACCUGCACUUACAUGAAGAUGAUGAAAUUGUGGGUGCCAGUGGUCAGUUUGAACUAAAGAGGAAUGAACAAAAGAAGAAUGAAGCUGUGGACAUUUUAAAGUUGAUUGAUAAUGACAAGGGGAUAACGAAGCAUGGUAUGAAAUCCAGCAAGAGCUUGGAAAGCCUGGAUAUCAAAGCUCCAAAUGAGGUGUGGAAAGAUUCAUAUGACAAGCUCUUCAAUGCUAAAGUCAGGAAAUUCAUGAAAGGAAAUAAAACUGUUAAGGAAAACAGACAUGGCAUACACAAUGGGCCAGUGACAACCCAAACACUUGACCACAAAAGAGGUCAAGUAAAUGUGUCGGCUUUACUUGAGAAUGCAGAUCGAAUGCGUCUCACUCCAUAUGAAACAGAAUUUGACAAUCAAGUGGGGCCAUUCAUGGUCCAUUAUGAUGCCAAGGAUUCUACAGGUGAAUAUGACUCCGAAAUGUUAGUACAAGGAUCUGACCUGCUGAGAUCAGCAAAGAUCAAAACCAAUAUUUCAAGAGAUGUUCCAUCGCAUCAUUCCACAAAGAACUUGACCAGUGUUGAUAGGGAAAUCAACAUACGUGGUGGAACAUAUACAGAUCCAAAAAUAGAUGUUGGUAUUAAUGCACCAGAUUCAAAUCUUACACUGACAAAUACCCAAGGAUCUCCUGUGAUGCACCUCACAAAAGGACAUUUUAAAGGCCCAAAAGCAGUGCUUAAUUCUUCUGAUAUGGAUAUGGAUGUACCAUCGGUUAAUGUCAAGAAGACAAAAUUUAAACUGCCAAAGUUUAGCCUCUCUGGAAACAAGAAUACAGACAUCAGUUAUGAUGGAAGUAUGAAGGGGUCAAAACUGGCAUACCCUGAAGUAGCUGCAGGUCUUAAUGGUUCUGAUAUACAAAUUGAUGGACCAAAGGCUGAUUUCAAAGGUCUAAAAACAGACCUUUCAGACAUGGAAAUGUCAUCUGGAAAACUGAAAACGCCCACUUUCAGCAUGCCUAAUUUUGACCUGUCAGGACCCAAAAUAAAAACACCUGACUAUGAUCUGUCCGCUCCCAAAUUUAAGACCGACUUUGAUUCACCAGACAUCAACAUCAGAGGUCAUAAGCCAGAUAUCACAGGACCGGACAUGGAUGUUGAUAUUCCUGAAGGUACAUAUAAAGGACCAAAUUUCAAGAAACCCAAUCUUGACUUAAAUGCACCUGAUCUCGGCAUAAAUGUUCCUUCUGGUAACCUUAAACUGCCAAAAGUUGGCUUCUCUGGUAGCAAGCCAGAAGAACCUGAUCUUAAAAUCAAAUCUCCAGACCUGAAUCUCAAAAGCCCCAAAAUUAAGGGAGGAAUCGAUACCCCAGACAUGGACCUGACUCUGCCUCAAACUGAUGUGAAAGGCCCGAACCUAGAUAUCAAAUCACCUGAUAUUGAUGUUAAUGGCCAAUCAGGCAAAUUGAAUACGCCAAAGUUAAAGAUGCCCAGUUUUGGCCUGUCAGGUUUGAAGGGGCCACAUAUGAACAUGGAUGCUGACAUUGAUAAGCCAGACCUCAAUCUGAGUGCAUCAACUCUCAAACUAAAUGCAGGGAUAAACAGUCCUGAUAUUGACAUUCAUGGACCUAAUGUUGAUCUCAAAGGUCCACAAACAGAUCUUACGCUUCCAGACAUGGACAUGCCAUCUGGAAAAAUGAAAAGGCCAACUUUCAAGAUGCCUGAUUUUGGUCUCUCAGGACCUAAAAUGAAAAAGCCUGACUAUGAUGUGACUACUCCAGACAUGGAUCUUUCGGCCCCAAAGUUUAAGGCAGAUUUUAAUUCACCAGAUGUCACGGCACCUGACAUGAAUGUUGAUUUCCCUAAAGGUAAAAUUCAAGGACCAAAUUUGAAGACACCCAAUAUUAACAUGAAUGCACCUGACCUCGACAUAAAUGCUCCUUCGGGUAAACUGAAGCUGCCAAAAUUUGACAUCUCUGGUAAAAAAGCAGAAGGGCCAAAUCUUAAAAUCAAAUCUCCAAACCUGAAUCUCAAAAGCCCCAAAAUAAAGGGAGGAAUCGAUACCCCAGACAUGGAUCUGACUCUGCCUCAAACUGAUUUGAAAGGCCCGAACCUAGAUAUCAACUCACCUGAUAUUGAUGUCAAUGGCCCUUCAGGUAAAUUUAAUAUGCCAAAGCUAAAGAUGCCCAGUUUGGGCCUGUCAGGUUUGAAAGGGCCACAUAUGAACAUGGAUGUUGACAUUGAUCAGCCCGACCUUAAUUUGAGCACAUCAACUCCCAAACUAAAUGCAGGGUUAAAUAGUCCUGAUAUUGAUGUACAUGGACCUAAUGUUGAUAUCAAAGGCCCGAAAACAGAUCUUACACUUCCUGAUAUGAACAUGCCAUCUGGUAAAAUGAAAGUUCCCACUUUCAAGAAGCCUGAUUUUAGUCUCUCAGGACCCAAAAUAAAGACUCCUGAUUAUGAUCUAAAAACCCCUGAAAUGGAUCUGUCAGCUCCAGAGUUUAAGGCAGACUUUGAUUCGCCAGAUAUCACAACCCCAGACUUGAAUGUUGAUAUCCCUAAAGGGAAAAUUAAAGGACCAAAUUUCAAGAAACCCCAUCUUGAUGUGAAUGCACCUGACCUUGACAUAAAUGCCCCUUCAGGUAAACUGAAACUGCCCAAGUUUGGUAUCUCUGGUAGUAAGCCAAAAGGGCCUGAUCUUAAAAUCAAAUCACCAGACCUGAAUCUCAAAUGCCCCAAAUUUAAGGGAGGAAUCAAUACUCCAGACAUGGAUCUGACUCUGCCUCAAACAGAUUUGAAAGGCCCAAACCUAGAUAUCAAAUCACCUGAUAUUGAUGUCAAUGGCCCUUCUGGUAAAUUGAAUAUGCCAAAGCUAAAAAUGCCCAGUUUUGGCCUGUCAGGCUUGAAAGGGCCACAUACGAAGAUUGAUGCUGACAUUGAUCAGCCCGACCUUAAUCUGAGUGCAACAACUCCCAAACUUAAUGCAGGGAUAAAUGGUCCAGAUUUUGAUAUUCAUGGACCUGAUGCUGAUUUCAAUGGUCCAAAAACAGGCCUUGCGCUUCCAGACAUAGACAUGCCACCUGGAAAACUGAAAAUGCCCACUUUCAAGAUGCCUGAUUUUGGUCUUUUAACAUCAAAAAUAAAGACACCUGAAUAUGAUCUGAAGACUCCUGAAAUGGAUCUGUCAGCUCCGAAGUUUAAGGCAGACUUUGAUUCCCCAGAUCUCAACAUUGGAGGUCAUAAGCCAGAUAUCACAGCACCUGACAUGAAUGUUAAUUUCCCAAAAGGAAAAAUGAAAGGACCAAAUUUCAAGAAACGCGAUCUUGACAUAAAUGCACCUGAUCUGAAGGGGAACAUAAAUUCCCCUUCAGCUAAACUGAAGCUGCCAAAAUUUGGCUUCUCAAGUAGCAAGCCAAAACGGCCUGAUCUUAAAAUCAAAUCUCCAAAGCUCAAUCUCUCUAGCCCAAAAAUGAAGGGAGGAAUCAAUACCCCAGACAUGGAUCUGACUCUGCCUAAAACAGAUUUAAAAAGCCCGAAUGUAGAUAUCAACUCACCUCAUAUUGAUGUCAAUGGCCCUUCAGGUAAAUUUAAUAUGCCAAAGCUAAAGAUGCCCAGUUUUGGCCAGUCAGGUUUAAAAGGGCCACAUAUGAAUGUGGAUGCUGACAUUGACAGGCCUGACCUUAAUCUAAGUGCAUCAACUCCCAAACUAAAUGCAGGGAUAAAUAGUCCUGAUAUUGACAUUCAUGGACCUAAUGUUGAUCUCAAAGGCCCGAAAACAGAUCGUAAACUUCCAGACAUGGACAUGCCAUCUGGAAAAAUGAAAAUGCCAACUUUCAAGAUGCCUGAUUUUGGUCUCUCAGGACCCAAAAUAAAGACUACUGACUAUGAUCUGAAGACCCCAGAAAUGGAUCUUUCGGCUCCAAAGUUUAAGGCAGACUUUGAUUCACCAGAUAUCACGGCACCUGACAUGAAUGUAGAUUUCCCUAAAGGUAAAAUUAAAGGACCCAAUUUCAAGAAACCCAAUCUUGAUAUGAAUGCACCUGACCUUGACAUCAGUUCCCCUUCAAGUAAACUGAAAUUGCCCAAAUUUGGUUUUUCUGGUAGUAAGCCAAAUGGCCCAGAUCUUAAAGUCAAAUCUCCAGGCUUGAAUCUCAAAAGCCCCAAAAUAAAGGGAGGAAUCGAUACCCCAGACAUGGAUCUGAAUCUGCCUCAAACUGAUUUAAAAGGCCCGAACCUAGAUAUCAAAUCACCUGAUAUUGAUGUUAAUGGUCAAUCAGGUAAACUGAAUAUGCCAAAGCUAAAGGUGCCCAGUUUUGGCCUGUCAGGUUUGAAAGGGCCACAUAUGAACAUGGAUGCUGAUAUUGAUAAGCGAGACCUCAAUCUGAGUGCAUCAACUCCCAAACUACAUGCAGGGUUAAAUAGUUCUGAUAUUGAUGUACAUGGACCUAAUGUUGAUCUCAAAGGCCCGAAAACAGAUCUUACUUUUCCAGAUAUUGACAAGCCUUCUGGAAAAAUGAAAAUGCCCAAUUUAAAGAUGCCUAAGUUUGGUGUCUCAGGACCAAAAGUAAAUACGCCUGGCUAUGAUUUGAAGACCCCUGAAAUGGAUCUGUCAGCUCCAAAAUUUAAGGCAGACUUUGAUUCUCCAGACCUAAAUGUCAAAAUCCCCAAAAUAAAAGGAGGAAUCGAUACCCCAGACAUGGAUCUGACUCUGCCUCAAACUGAUUUGAAAGGCCUAAACCUAGAUGCCAAAACACCUGAUAUUGAUAUUAAUGGCCCUUCAGGUAAAUUUAAUAUGCCAAAUCUAAAGAUGCCCGGUUUUGGCCUGUCAGGUUUAAAAGGGCCAAAUAUGAAUGUGAAUGCUGACAUUGAUCAGCCCGACCUUAAUUUGAGCGCAUCAACUCCCAAACUACAUGCAGGGUUAAACAGUCCUGAUAUUGAUGUACAUGGACCUAAUGUUGAUCUCAAAGGUCCGAGAACAGACCUUACUUUUCCAGAUAUUGACAAGCCUUCUGGAAAAAUUAAAAUGCCCAAUUUAAAGAUGCCUAAGUUUGGUGUCUCAGGACCAAAAGUAAAGAUGCCUGACUAUGAUCUAAAGACCCCUGAAAUGGAUCUGUCAGCUCCAAAGUUUAAGGCAGACUUUGAUUCCCCAGAUCUCAACAUUAAAGGUCAUGAGCCAGAUAUCACAGGUCCAGACAUUAAUCUUGAUUUCCCUAAAGGUAAAUUUAAAGCACCAGACUUAAAGGCACCCAAUCUUGACAUGAGUGCACCUGACUUCGACAUGAAUGCCCCUUCAGGUAAAUUGAAGCUGCCAAAAUUUGGGUUUUCAGGUAGUAAGCUAAAAGGCCCAGAUCUUAAAAUCAAAUCUCCAAAGAUGAAUCUCAAAAGCCCCAAAAUGAAGGGAGGAAUAGAUGCCCCAGACAUGGAUCUGACUCUGCCUCAAACUGAUUUAAAAGGCCCGAACCUAGAUAUCAAUUCACCUGAUAUUGAUGUUAAUGGCCCUUCAGGUAAAUUUAAUAUGCCAAAGCUGAAGAUGCCCAGUUUUGGCCUGUCAGGUUUGAAAGGACCACGUAUGAAUGUGGAUGCUGAUAUUGAUCAGCCCGACCUCAAUCUGAGCACAUCAACUCCCAAACUAAAUGCAGGAAUAAAUAGUCCUGAUAUUAAUGUACAUGAACCUAAUGUUGAUCUUAAAGGUCCAAGAACAGACCUUACUCUUCCAGACAUUGACAAGCCUACUGGAAAAAUAAAAAUGCCGACUUUAAAGAUGCCUAAGUUUGGUGUCUCAGGACCAAAAAUAAAGACGCCUGACUAUGAUUUGAAGACCCCUGAAAUGGAUCUAUCAGCUCCAAAGUUUGAGGCAGACUUUGAUUCUCCAGACCUGAAUCUCAAAAGCCCCAAAAUAACGGGAGGAAUCGAUACCCCAGAUAUGGAUCUGAAUCUGCCUCAAACUGAUUUAAAAGGCCCGAACCUAGAUAUCAAAACACCUGAUGUUGAUAUUAAUGGCCCUUCGGGUAAAUUUAAUAUGCCAAAGCUAAAGAUGCCCAGUUUUGGCCUGUCAGGUUUGAAAGGGCCACAUAUGAAUGUGGGUGCUGAUAUUGAUCAGCCUGACCUUAAUCUGAGCGCAUCAACUCCCAAACUAAAGGCAGGGUUAAAUAGUCCUGAUAUUGAUGUACAUGGACCUAAUGUUGAUCUCAAAGGCCCAAAAACAGACCUUACUCUUCCAGACAUUGACAAGCCUUCUGGAAAAAUGAAAAUGCCCACUUUAAAGAUGCCCAAGUUUGGUGUUUCAGGGCCAAAAAUAAAGACGCCUGACUAUGAUUUGAAGACCCCUGAAAUGGAUCUGUCAGCUCCAAAGUUUAAGGCCGACUUUGAUUCCCCAGACCUGAACAUUGAAGGUCAUAAAACAGAUAUCACAGGUCCAGACAUGAAUCUUGAUUACCCUAAAGGUAAAUUUACAGCACCAGACUUAAAGACACCCAAUCUUGACAUGAAUGCCCCUUCAGGUAAAUUUAAGCUGCCAAAAAUCGGGUUUUCAGGUAGUAAGCCAAAAGGCCCAGAUCUUAAAAUCAAAUAUCCAAAGCUGAAUUUCAAAAGCCCCAAAAUGAAGGGAGGAAUAGAUGCCCCAGACAUGGACUUGACUCUGCCUCAAACUGAUUUGAAAGGCCCAAACCUAGAUUUCAAAUCACCUGAUGUUGAUAUUAAUGGCCCAUCAGGUAAAUUUAAUAUGCCAAAGUUAAAGAUGCCCAGUUUUGGCCUGUCAGGUAUGAAAGGGCCAAAUAUGAAUGUAGAUGCUGACAUUAAUAAGCCUGACCUUAACUUGAAUACAUCAGCUCCUAAACUAAAUGCAGUGUUAAGUGGUCCUGAUAUUGACUUAAAUGGACCCAAUGCUGAUUUUAAAGGCCCAAAAACAGACCUUACUCUUCCAGACAUUGACAAGCCUUCUGGAAAAAUGAAAAUGCCCACUUUAAAGAUGCCCAAGUUUGGUGUCUCAGGGCCAAAAAUAAAGACGCCUGAAUAUGAUUUGAAGACCCCUGAAAUGGAUCUGUCAGCUCCAAAGUUUAAGGCUGACUUUGAUUCCCUAGACCUGAACAUUGAAGGUCAUAAGCCAGAUAUCACAGGGCCAGACAUGAAUCUUGAUUUCCCUAAAGGUAAAUUUACAGCACCAGACUUAAAGACACCCAAUCUUGACAUGAAUGGACCUGACCUUGACAUAAAUGCCCCUUCAGGUAAAUUUAAGCUGCCAAAAAUCGGCUUCUCGGGUAGCAAGCCAAAAGCUCCAGAUCUGAAUCUCAAAAGCCCCAAAAUGAAGGGAGGAAUCAAUACCCCAGACAUGGACCUGACUCUGCCUCAAACUGAUUUAAAAGGCCCAAACCUAGAUAUCAAUACACCUGAUAUUGAUGUUAAUGGCCCUUCAGGUAAAUUGAAUAUGCCAAAGUUAAAGAUGCCCAGUUUUGGCUUGUCAGGUUUGAAAGGGCCACAUAUGAACGUGGAUGCUGACAUUGAUCAGCCCGACCUUAUUUUGAAUGCAUCAACUCCUAAACUAAAUGCAGGGAUUAAUGGUCCUGAUUUUGACAUUCAUGGACCUAAUGCUGAUUUCAAGAGUGCAAAAACCAACCUUGCAUUUCCAGACAUGGACAUGCCUUCUGGAAAACUGAAAAUGCCCACCCUCAAGAUGCCUGAUGUUGAUUUCUCAGGACCCAAACUCAAAACAUCGGGCUAUGAUCUGAAUACCCCUAAAAUGGAUCUGUCAGCUCCAGAGUUUAAGGCAGACUUUGAUUCACCAGACCUCAGCAUCAGAGGUCAUAAGUCAGAUAUCACAACCCCAGACUUGAAUAUUGAUUUACCUAAAGGUAAAAUGAAAGAACCAAAUUUCAAGAAACCCAAUCUUGAUUGGAACACUCCAGACUUUGACAUUGAUGCACCUUCAAGCAAAUUUAAACUGCCAAAGCUGGGCUUCUCAGACAGCAAGCCAGAAGGACCUGAUCUUAAAGUCAGAUCUCCAAAGCUGAAUCUCAAAAGCCCAAAAAUAAAGGGAGGAAUCGAUACCCCAAACAUGGAUCUGACUCUGCCUCGGUCUGAUUUGAAAGGCCCAAACCUAGAUAUCAAAUCACCUGAUAUUGAUUUUAAUGGCCCUUCAGGUAAAAUUAAUAUGCCAAAGUUAAAGAUGCCCAGUUUUGGCCUGUCAGGUUUGAAAGGGCUACAUAUGAAUAUGGAUGCUGACAUUGAUCAGCCCGGCCUUAAUCUGAGCGCAUCAGCUCCCAAAUUAAAUGCUGGGAUUAAUCGUCCUGAUAUUGACAUUCAUGGUCCUAAUGUUGAUCUUAAAGGUCCAAGAACAGACCUUACACUUCCUGACAUGGACAUGCGAUCUGGACAAAUGAAAAUGCCUGCUUUUAAGAUGCCUGAUAUUGGUUUCUCAGCACCCAAAAUAAAGACACCUGACUAUGAUCUAAAGACACCUAAAAUGGACCUCUCGACUCCGAAGAUUAAGACAGAAUUUGAUUCCCCAGACUUCAGUAUCAGAGGUCAUAAGCCAGAUAUCACAGCCCCAGAUAUGAAUGUUGAUUUCCAUAAAGGCAAAAUAAAAGGACCAAAUUUCAGGAAACCCAGUGUUGAUGUGAACGCACCAGACUUUGACAUUGAUUCUCCUUCUGGGAAAAUUAAACUCUCAGGAAACAUGCCAGAAGGAACAGAUGUUAAAUUCAGCUCUCCAAAGAUGAAUCUUAAAACCCCCCAAAUUAAAGGAGGAAUUGAUAGCCCUGAUUUUCAUGGGCUGAGGUCUGAUGUUGAUUUUGGUACCUAUACACAAAUGCAUGCUAACAGCUUUGCAGUCCCAAGAGGUAAAACAAAAGCAAACAUAACGUAUGGUCUUGAUGCUCCCUCAAGAGACGUCAGAAUACCGACUCAUCAGAAAUAUAGUGCCCCAGAAUUUAACAUGCAGGACCCCUAUUAUGACUUGAACAGAGACAUGAAAGUUUCAGGAAUAGCUCAGUGGGCUACAAUGCAAAAACAUGUCUCUGGCCAGACCAGAAUCUCUGGAGUAGGUCCAACAUCUUCAGAUGUUUACUACAAUGAUAUGUCUGGGGCAUUCAGGUCAGGACAUCAUAAAACAAAAGCAAGUAGCUUUGAUAUUGAUGGCAACUGGAACAAUAUAUCAGUGCCUAAACUUCAAGUUUCAAGAAAUAGAGAAAAUGUAGCUGUGAGAAAUUCAAAUAUGGGAAUGAAUACCGUGCAAAGAUCAGGUGAUAAUGCAGGUUAUUAUAGGAAGAUGGUUCCUAGACGUUAUUACACUACUGAUGAUAUAUGCUACACUUACAAAGGGAUGCCUAGAAGAGAUGGAUGGGGCAACUGGCAAAUUGACCAUAGUCGCAGACAGACAAUGAGACAGCUGCAAAUACAUGCGAUGGAUCUGGAGGUUCCAGAAAGCACUUUGAAAUGGUCGAAAUUUAACAUCUUAAACUAAUGUAGGAUCAUUAAAAGAAAGGGAUGUGGGAGACAAGAACGAGCUUGUCCUCAGCAAUCUUGUUUACAGGGCUGAUAAGAACUAAUAGCAUAUUUAAAACUAUAAAAACUUAGAGUAGAUACUGUAAAUGUGCUUGAGCAAACUUAAAACUGAUGAACAAGCCUUUCCCUAAAGGAGAUGUUAUUGAAAUGUUAGCAUAAACUUGCACUUACAGUAUCAUAGAUCAUUAGGUUAUAACUUUUUUAAAGAGUUUAUGUACUAUAUGUAUGUGACAAAAUAUGUGAAAAUAUUAUGUCGAUCUUGCCUGAUUAAAUAUUGUAAAUCAUAUAUAUUUUGUAAAUUAUGUAAAAUGCUACAGUAAUGUAUAAAUACAGUGUGGAUGAAAUAUACACAUGUAAAAAGGUUUGUCUGGAAAAGGUUUGUUUGGAUAAUAUCUCGUUUCUUGACAACUUUUUGUUUAGUUUUUGCACAUUUUUAGUGCUCAUUGAUACAAUAAGGUACACGUAGGGGGAUUUGUUUUGAUGGAUGUAUAUAAAUCAUUUGUGAAAUAUUCCUACUGACAUUGUUGCUUCAAGAUACAAAAGCAGUUGUUGUAGAAUACUUCAAAUGUUAUGCAAUUAAAAUAUACAUUAUGUACCA